UACACAAACCAGGAAGUAAACAGCAACAAGUGAAAAUGGAAAGUAAAGAUUCAAAACUAAUAAAGAAAACGGGCAGGAAAACCCCUAAGUACUGUUGUAUUUGUAAAGGAAUUUACAGAGGAAAGGUUAUUGAUGGGAGAAAAGUGUCAUUGCACCGUUUUCCUCAGAACAAACGUUUAAAACGUGUGUGGGUGCAGCGAUGUAAAACGGUCAUGAGAUCGUUCCAGUGGAAUGAACACAGACGAUUGUGUAGUGAGCAUUUUGUUGGCUUCAGAGGACCUUCAUUCCAGCAUACACUUCCAUCUAUGUUUCCAACUGAGACUGGUGCUACCAAAACCUUCCAGCCAACGCUCCUUGAUGAAGACGUAGGUGAUGAUGAUGAUGGUGAUACGGUCAAUGACGAUUUAGACCUAGAACUGUCAAAUGAUGAUAGUAUACAGCCACAACUGUCAUUUGUAUCCCCUUCCGGGCAUGCCAUUGAUACCUCUGUCCACCUGCAUGAUUACUGCAUGGGACCAGUACUACAGCCACAGAAUCAGUCCUUUAGAUGUUGUGACACACAGACUGAGAACAACUGUGCAGUGAUGGAAGUACAAACUGAAGAAAGUUUCCUGGGAAAAACAGCAGACUUCAGUUCACAAACAGAACAUUCUACUAGAGACUUUGGUGUACAAUGUCAGCUACCUAUGCUCACAUAUGAUGACGUAAAAUACAAUGACGAUUUGGUCAGUUUUUACACCGGAAUCCCUAAUCGAGUUGUGUUUGAAGCUUUGUUUGAUGAAAUCAAGGAUGAAGCUGAAGUGCGGACAUCAAGGCGGAAACUUAACUAUAAAGAUUCAGAUGGAGGACGGCCAAGAACUCUAAGUGUUCUGGAUGAAUUUUUCAUGGUGCUGAUGCGCCUACGUCUAGGUCUGUUAUUUGAAGAUCUAGGUACUAGGUUUUGCAUAUCCACUUCACAAUGUAGUGACAUUGUUGAAAGAUGGAUCAACUAUUUACAUGUACAAUUAUCCUUUCUUGUUCAAUGGCCAUCUCGUGAGGUAGUGAAAAAUAACAUGCCUGAACAAUUUAAAGAGAAAUAUUCUAACACUAGAAUUAUUAUCGACUGCACUGAAAUUUACAGUGAAACAUCCAGUUCUCUUUCUUUGAAAAGUUUAAUGUACAGUGAUUACAAGUCUCACAUGACUCAUAAGAUUUUGGUGGGUAUAAGCCCAAAUGGUGUUGUAACUUUUGUUUCUGACUGUUGGGUGGGCUGUACCAGUGACAAGAAACUCACAGAAAAAUGUGGACUCUUGGACUUGCUUGAAGAAGGAGACGCCAUAAUGGUUGAUAAGGGUUUCACUAUUACAGACCUUACUACUCCAAGAGGCAUUCAUCUCAUUAUUCCACCAUUUAAACAGAAAGGAAAACAAUUCUCUAAACGUGAGGUUCUCCUUACAAAUGAUAUUGCAAGUUUACGAAUACAUGUUGAAAGGCAAAUGGAGAGAAUCAAGAACUUUCGAAUAUUGCAUGGCAAUAUUCCUAUAACACAGUCAAGGAGAAUUUCUAAAGUGUUCAAAAUAUGCACAUAUUUGACAAAUCUAUGGCCACCACUUGUUCAAUAAUAACUCAUG